GCACAACGAAGAGCGAGAAUACGCUGAAGCGUGGAUCAGCCUGUAUAACAUGCAGACGUAGGAAAAUGAAAUGCGAUGCAGUAAAGCCAACUUGUGGUGCAUGCACUAAAAGCCGUCUAGAUUGUGUCUACCAAACAGAUCCUAUCGAUAAAUCAGCAACUAGCGGCGCAAAGCGUAAAUCUAAAGUGCAGACACUCGAGGAAAAGAUUCAAAGUUUAGAGGAUGAGUUGGUUCGGGCUCGUGAAAGUCCGGGCUCCAAGCCCGAGUCUUCGUUUAACGGUCUUUUCAAUGGUAUUGAGAAUCACAAUAGUAUGGGCUCAGCUAACCUAAUAUUGGAGGCCGCUGCACUCACAAAUCCAUUCUAUAACACAUCGUUGGGUGUUCCUGGAUGGCAUCCUAAUUAUCCAUCGCUCGAUAUGACAAUGCAUUUGCUCAAUACUUUCUUCAAUGCUUGUCCAAUUGUCGCUGGUUUCCUCCAUAGAGCUACUUUCAUGCAGCGGGCGACAUUACCAUUCACACAUCCAGAUGCACCCCCACCAGCCUUAAUGCACGCUAUUUUCUGUUCUGCUAGCAGACAUUCCCCCCGUACAACAAACCCGCCUAUUGUUUCACCCAGUGAUCCCUGUGGAACAGAUUUUCAGCCACUGUUCAAUGCACCAAGCACGACAUUUUUGGAGAUACAUGCUCAAUUUGCCACAAAGGCUAUAGAAGAAGAGACAGUAUCAAAUGCCAACUUCAAUAGGAAAGCAGAAGCUUUGAAAGCCCUGAUAGUCAUGUCUCAUUUUACACACAUUGAGGAUAGUUGGGCGGAACAUUAUCGUCUCAACGUUAUGUGUAUUAGAGGUGCUGUUGCUCUUCGACUUCACUUAGAUAAGGAUAUGACGCCAAAUAGAUUACUACUACGUCAACCUCGAAAUGAUAUUGAGAGGGAAUGUCGCAAAUUCCUUUUCUUUUUGGCUUACGUAUUUGAUACACUUUAUUCUGACAUAUCCGGUAUCUACCCUCCGAAUAUCAAUGAUGACGAAGUAUUCUCAAAGCUCCCAAUCAAAACAUCGGAUUACAACAAUUUACUACCGACAUCAACAAUACCUGAAUACAAUCAAUAUAUAGAUAGCGAAAACUUCUUCACUCGACAUGAAGCAGAUGGUUUUCAUUUUGUGAUUAAAUCAUCAGUUUUACUUGCCAGGGUGAACAGAUUUAAGCAUGUUUGUCAGAGGAACGUAGUAAAGAACGGUCUUCAAUCAGCCAAUCAAUUGAGUACUUUCAUGGAGUUAGACAAUCUUAUUAUGAAAUACAGAGCAUCAGUGCCGGAUAGCUGGGGUGACUCCGUACAGAUUGUCGAUGGUGGACUCGACGUUGGAAUCUAUUUGGCACAUCUUGUUGGUGUCAAAGCCAUGAUGAGCUUGCAUAGUGGUUUCAUCCAUGAUCAAUUCUCCAUGAACAGGCUAUUAUCGUGCGCGCGAAUAAUUUUAUCAACAAUCUACAGAUUACUAGGCACAAGUUGGGAUAUGUCUAAAUUACCAAGCUAUGUCGUAUCAAUCUACAAUCACGCCAGUGAUGUUCUUAUAGCUGCCUAUCUUCAGGCAAUAAAAUCUGGAGAUGUAGUAUCAGCUGACUCGAUUACACUCGAGUUGUCAACUAUUGUCGAAGUCUAUCGUAGAAUGUCGACGAGAAUACCAGUUGCCUUAACAGCCUUGAAUAAAUUGAUUAAGAAGUUCACACAGAAUAGCGUACCAGUGAAAAUUUCCGACCAGUUGAAAAUGAACCAGCCGAUUGUUCAGCAACCAAGUGACUUUUCUUCUCAGUUAGACUUUGAAGAUUUGAAUGACCCAUUAUUCGAGCAGCUUGUAUUUGAAGCUAAUGCGACGACAAUAAACCCUGAUUACGCCUUCCAACAACAACAACAAGGACAGCAACAGGUAAAUAUAGCACCAGGAACGGCAUUCACUGCUAGAGAUGAAUUAAGAUGGAUGAAUUUCGACAGUGACGAUCAGUUCAGUCUGCUAUAAGCAUAUUACUGUACAAUAAAAUGUAUUUUUACAAAAAUAAUCACUUCUCUGAUUUUA